AUGGUUGUGCUAUGCACAAUGCACCCGCUGCAUCCUGUAGCUGUUCAGAAAUUGGUCGGAAGUUGUCCGGAUUUUGGCCGGAACUUGAGCGCGGUGCGUGUCGUGAAGCGUGCAGAAGGAAAAUUUCUCGUUAAGAAGCUUCGAGAGCUUCCUGAUGAGUUUGAAGUCAUGAAAAUAUGGAACAGAAGUGUUGAAGAGCCAGGAGUUCAGGGUGACAUUGAUCUGGUCAUUGAAGUGGCUCAUCCGAAGAUUAUCGCAGAAUAUGGAGAGCUGAUUUUGGAACAUUGCGAUUUAAUUGCGGGUUCUCCAACAUGUUUUGCUGAUCAAGAACUAUUGGAAAAGUUAAAAAAUUUGUCCUUGAUGCAUGCGAGAAGACUUUUGGUUCCAGCUGGAGCACUUUGGGGAGCUAAUGAUAUUCAGAAAAUGGCCGAUGUUGGCAAUUUGAAGGGAUUGACUGUUACUAUGAUCAAGCAUCCAACAUCUUUCAAAUUAGGAUCCCCACUUUUUGAGAUAAAUGAAAAGGCAAAACUACAGGAAAGUGAAGAAACUAUUUUAUAUGAAGGUAUUCAACAAGAAACGAUCUGUUCGAGGAUUGUGUCCUCUGGCUCCAACAAUGUGAAUACAAUGGCUGGUGGAGCUCUGGCUGCCACCAAUCUAGGAUUCGAUAAAGUCAAGGCAAAACUGAUUUCGGAUCCGAAAAUGACGGAUUGGCACGUUGUUGAAGUUCGUGUUGAAGGAGAUGAUGGAUUCGAAGUGAUUACGAGAAGAAACAAUCCAGCAAAACCUGGAGCUGUCACCGGACAAUUGACUUAUUAUUCAUUCCUCUCGUCCAUCAAAGAAUCCAGAUAUAAGCCUUCUGGAAUACAAUUGUGCUAG